CGGUGUCACGUGCUUUGUGCUAGCAGUGCUGCUAUAACAUGUGGGGUAUCUUCUGCAGGCACCCACAAAUAUAAAUACCGCCGAUAUGAUUACGGUAAAAAAAAAAAAAAAAAGUCAAUACCGCUAGCUUAAGUGUUUCUGGUUCAUUUUGAAUGCGUACAGUAUUUUUAGUCUGUCGGCAACUUGUAUCCUUGCUAACACAUUUUGCGAAAUGAUUAAUUUUACGCCUGUCGACCCAAGGAAAAAGACAGACGUGAAGACCUCGAGUUCUCAUAACAAAUUUCCCGGGUCCGAGAAGGCCCCUGAUUGCACUGGCUGGCCCCACGCCUCACGUGGAGGGGCUCCCUCCUCUCUCCCAGCUGCAGGUUCCAGACUCUGAGAGCAACAUCUGACGCGCACAGAAGCGAAACAGUUACCAGCAAUUAACGGGUAAACAGCCCCUGCGGUGUACAAGUCACCGUAACAAAAUGUAUAUUCAUAAACAAAAGACAAACAAACACAGGUAACAUGUAAGGUAUGGCCUCUACAGCUGGAGUAGAAUCAUCAGUUUUUGUGGGGAAGGAAGAUGACCUCAUACAGUCCAAAAGAAAAACGGCUGUUGUGCAUGGCAGGCAUGUGGUAGUUAUCUACCAUGAAGGAGAGUUCUAUGCCAUGGACAUGCACUGUUACCAUGCAGGGGGACCAUUACACCUUGGGGACAUUGAGGAGAUCAAUGGCAAGCUGUGCAUCGUGUGUCCGUGGCACAAGUACAAGAUCACUCUGGCUGAAGGAGAGGGUCUAUAUCAAAGCAUAAACCCACGGGCUCCCAAGUCCACAGCCAAGUGGUGCUCCAAAGGGGUGAAGCAGAGGACCCACUGUGUUCAUGUGAGAAACGGGGACGUGUACGUCACUCUCUCUGACCUGAGCGCUGGCAUAGACUCGGACUACUAUCAGUCUGAAGAAUAUAGGCAGACUCUGAAAAAAGCAUCAAAUACCUGACCCGAUGAACACGUUGCACCAACGCUGAUCACUGCAACUGCAAUGCAGACGAGAACGUUUGAGCCACUGCUGAGGCGCCCUUGCUCUGUGAACACCUCUUUGUUUUUUAAUCUUGUGUAGACAUUUUUCAUUAGUGUGUGUGAUAUAUUUUAUGUAUUUAAAAAAAAAAAAUGGUAUUGCUCAAGCAGUGACAGCUUUUGAGCACCACUGCAGAAGACCUUUGACUGGGUUUGUUUAAGGUUGUUGUUGUUUUUUUUUCUUGGUUAUAAAAUUAGAUGAUUUUUUAAAUAAGAAAUGUCUGAUCUAUUUUGUGUUUAUUACAUUGUAGUACUUGUUGAAACGCUUGUCUAUGGCUGACUUACUUAUAACUGAUUUAUGAUUGAGUGUUGACAGUUAAGAACAGGUUACAACAUUAUUGAACUGCGGUAACCAGUGUUUAAAACAUGCUCAUAUACAAAGUUUGGAGAUGCGUAUCCUUUUUACUUAGAGUAAGGAGACGGAGGAGUCGCCAUAGGAAUCAUACAGCCACUCCUGUCGCUUCGAUUCGUAAUACCUGGCAGUGACUCCAUGCUUUGAAACCACAAACCCCAUCCCUGCCCUCUCUGUGCUUUGCCACCUAGGCUGUUCUUCUACGGCUGCCUUUCUUACCAGGGACAUAGCCCUGUUAAAGUGCAUUGACUGCGGACAAAAGAAAAAAAGCGUUAUUAUUUGGUAUUUCUUAUUAAAUAAUUUAGUAAAAAAGUUCAAUUUUUUUUUUUAAAGAUGUAUACCAUGUUUAAACAACAUGAUUUUUUAUAACUUUGUACAUGUGCUGUUGUGGGAAUAUUCCUGUUAUUUCUUUAACCCUUUCAUGCACAGCCCCCUCAUCUGGGGACAGAUAAAAACAAACUCUUCUAGUCUUUCUAUGGGGACAUGUUAAAGACGCAAUUGCAUGAUAGCCUCAUGUGAGGAUGCAAUUUAUUCCCCCAUAGAAAGCAACAGGAAAAAUGUUACAUUGUCCAAACCAAUUUUUUUUUUCUUCAAUAUUUCAUGCAUGAAAGAAUUAAACUGUUACUCCUAAUA